UUGGAUGGUUUCGCCGAGGGGCCGGAACCGUUUUCUUAUAUAUUCUUUCUUAUUAUAGAGCGAGAGAGAACAAAAGUCGUUGCAGCAGUGGCUAAGUCUGCACGUAUUGAAGUCUCUCGAUUAUCUUUUUGUUAUCUCUGCUAGCUUUUGCUGUAAUUCUUGUCUGAUCUGAUCUCCUGCAGCUUUUAAGCUAUGGUGUUCUUCUUCUUCUUCUUCUUCUCCGUUUCGUUUCAGACGGCGGGGAUAUGGUCGUGAGGAGAUUCUCGACGCCGGCGACGAGGGGUAGAUAGAGUAGGUUUCAUCAGUUUUGGUUGUGGGUAUCGUUUUUGUUAGGGGUUUGAUAUAUGGGUUCUGAGAGAGCUCUUUUUGAGCUGCACAGCGAUCAUCAUCACCAUCACCAUCACCAUCACCAUCAUCAGGAUAACAGUGGAGAUAAGGUGUUUGUUGGAGUUCCUCUAAUGGCUUCCGGGAAAAGCAGCGAUCCAACGCAGCAACAGCAACAUCAUCAUCAUCAUCAGCAGCAGCAGCACAGUAGCGUUGGAUGCAGUAAUCAGAUUUCGUUUGCUCAGCCGGCGGCGGUGGCGCCGCCGCAGCUUCAUUUCCAGCUUCAAGAUCACCACCACCACCAGCCGCCGCCGCAGCCGCAGAGUAAUCAGAUUUCGUUCGGAAUGCUCCACUCGCCACCUUCUUCUUCAUCCGCUAUUCCUCCUCCCCAUCCUGGGAAUUUCAUAAGCAAGGACAGCAGUGGAGCAUAUGACCUGGGGGAGUUAGAUCAAGCCCUUUUCCUCUACCUUGAUGGCCAUCAAGAAUCCUCAUCCAUCCAAGAUCACAGACAGAAUUCUGGGAUGAGGCCACCAACUCUGAACAUCUUUCCUUCACAGCCCAUGCAUGUCGACCCAUCAUCGACCAACAAGGGGAAUGCUGGGUUAGUUUCGCUGGAGACCGGGAGUUCCAGGAGAGCAUCUCAGCCGUCCAUGGAGGUGUCAGCCACCCCUAAAAACGACGUCGUUGCCGGCGCUUCUGCGUCUUCUACUCCCGAACCACCCAAGCCACCUAAGCGGGAAGGACACCGCCGGAGUUCCUCUGCCGGCACCGCCGCUGACCCGUCCGACGGUCCAAAAACACCAGAUCCUAAGACACUCAGAAGGCUUGCUCAGAAUAGAGAGGCUGCCAGGAAAAGCAGACUUAGGAAAAAGGCUUAUGUUCAACAAUUAGAGACAAGUAGAAUCAAGCUGACUCAAUUAGAACAAGAACUCCAAAGGGCCAGGGCUCAAGGAAUUUAUUUUGGUGGGAGUGCCAUUAUAGGUGGAGAGCAAGGGCUUCCCGUGAUGGGCAACAUAAGUUCAGAUGCGGCGGUUUUCGACAUGGAGUACGCGCGGUGGCAGGAGGAGCACCACCGGCUGCUGUGCGAGCUGCGGAGCGCGGUGCAGGAGCACUUGCCGGAGAACGAGCUGAGGAUGUACGUCGACAACUGUCUGGCGCAUUUCGAUCAGAUGAUCCACCUGAAGAGCAUCAUCGCCAAAUCCGACGUCUUCCAUCUCGUCUCCGGCAUGUGGAAGACUCCGGCGGAGCGCUGCUUCAUGUGGAUGGGCGGUUUCCGGCCAUCUGAACUUCUCAAGGUGAUUGUGAGUCAGAUCGAGCCGUUAACGGAGCAACAAUUGAUAGAGCUAUGUGGGCUGCAACAAUCCACACAUGAAGCUGAAGAGGCUUUAUCACAAGGCUUGGGAGCUUUGAAUCACUCACUUUCCGACACCAUCGCCGCCGAUUCACUCAGCUACCCUUCCAACAUGGGCAACUACAUGGGUCAAAUGGCUGCCGCCAUUACCAAGCUCUCCACUCUCGAGGGUUUCGUUCGACAGGCUGACAAUCUGCGACACCAGACGAUGCAUCGGCUUCAUCAGAUUCUAACGACCCGUCAGGCGGCGCGGUGUUUACUCGCCAUUGCUGAGUACUUCCACCGCCUCAGAGCUCUCAGUGCUCUCUGGUUGGCUCGCCCCAAGCAGGAAUAAGGACAAAACCCUAGUUUAUUACUGUGUAUACAUCUGCUGAUAUGAUCUUCACCUCCCAAAAUUACUUGUCUUUUUUUUUGGGGUUUUAGCCUUUGCAGCCCCCCCUUUCGAUCUUCACAGAUGUUUAGAUUGACGAAAAAUACUAGUUAGAUUAAAAUGAUAAAUGUAGAAGUUGAGUUAAUUUCCUGACUUAUGUGUUAGGUUUUGGUGCAAUGCUAAAGAAUUAACAUUUGAUA